AUUUUACAUUGGGAUAUAAACAUGAUAAAGGCGGGAAAAUAUUAAAGAUGGAGAUAUUUACUAGUGAGGAUUCGUUACUGAUCCUGUAGGUAAUACUAUCAAAGAUUAUGGACUGUGAAGUAAACACGAAACCGAGGAGAUAUGAACAUUGACAGUAUUAGAAAAAUGACUCCAGAGGUAAAUACUAUCAAAGAUUACGGACUGUGAAGUAAAUACGAAACAGAGGAGAUAUGGACAUGGACAGUUUGAGAAAAAUGAUGGACCCUUUGAACGUCCUUUAAUUUAGAGAAAUUAUCCCAGCAAAAGAAAACAAAAAGUCAGUUGCAUAACAUGAAAGCUACAAUAUAUUUCCAUCGUGACUUUUGCAGAGGUGGAAUAGACGACCGUCUACUGCAAAAUGUACAGUUGGAGAUUAACGACCAUCCAAAUUUAACAUGUGACGUAGAGAACAAUCAUGUACUAAUUGAAGGGUGCCUGAGAACAGACGUGGAACAGGAAAGAAAUAUCAAUGGAGAGAUUGUAUGUAUGCACUGGAAAGAUGCUCGUUCAUUUCUGACUAAGAGUAAAAAAAUGCGAUCUUGUUCAACAGUCAUGGUCCAAGUCGAUACACCGAAGAAUCAUUUUAUCACCAUACAUUGUAAUUUUAGUGAGUAUCGCGUUAUAAUACUGGAUUCCUUUCAAUGUACAAAUGGAUUGGAGAUUUAUCCAGAAUUAGCAUUGGAGUUAGAACAUCUAAUGAAAGACCAAAACAUAACGCUUAUACCAGUUGCCAUACAGAAAGAAAUCAAUGACGGAUUCUUUCAUUCUUUCAUGAACUCCUUAACUGUAGAAUGGUCCAAACUUUUAACUAACCAGCAAACCUAUGAAAUAUUCUUAAAUGAACUUGAGAUUUUUCAGGGCUUACUGAAGUCAUCCAUAACAAGAGAAAAAAGCCUUAUAGAUCAUGAUAUGAACAGGAUAGGUAGUUUGAAAGAAAUUGUAAAAGAACGAAUUCAACGUGGUGUAGCGAAGGGUGAAACACUAGAAGACAUUAAAGAUUCCAUGAAGACAGUAUGUCAGAGUUUAACACGUAACAUUGAUGUGUACAUUGAACUCAAGUAUACUAAAUAUGUUGCUGAUACAUUUUUAAAACAUUUACAAAACAUUUUUGAAACUCAAGGUUCUAGUUUUGUCAUUCUGCGGUCUGAGGUCCAAAACAUUUCAGAAAUAAAGGAUAUAAAAGAGCCAUUCAAUACUAUCCUAAAUUACGAACAACUUCAGGAAUGUGCUACACUUUUAGAUUCCAAAACAAAGUUACGAUUUAUGAAAAGUUUUCAUGAUCUCUGUCAUUAUAAUUCAACAUCUGAAAAAGAAAUCGAAAUUGACGAAAGAAACUUUUUAAAUGAAUUACAAAACCAUUUGAAAAAUAUAGUUUUUGAUAUGUAUCAAACAUCAGAAAAACUUCCAAAAUACUUAAAGAAUGCAAGGAAAAAAUCAAAGAAUGCAGUGGACGCGAAUGAUCUACUCAAGAAAUUAUCCAAAACAAAUGAUCGGUCUUUGUCAAAAUUGCAGAGUUUAGCUUUAAAAUUGUCGAAUUGUCAUUCCGAAUCAUUUGUUAUCUCUCUUGGAAGCCUUUGUGUGAGAUUUUAUGAAAAAAUGUCAAUCAGUUUCGUCAUUGAAAAUGGCGUGGACAUUAUCAGAUGUAAAGGAAGUUUUGUUGAUUUGAGAACAGUAAAAAUAAAAAUCAAAUCAAAGGAUUUAUUUGAAAAAUGUUCGCAAAUUGAAAUACAGGCAGACUUAUAUUUUUUGGUAAACUGUGACGUCAAAUGGCGUGGAAAAAACGUCAUUAUUGUAAAAGAUACACUAAUAGUAGAUGGAGAUGAAGAACACUUCUCUUUGGAUGUUUCUGGUAAAAACGGUCCUUCUCACGACAAAAAAGAGGCACGAAACGGAACUGAAUCAGACAGUGAUGGAUUUGCAGGCGAACCAGGAAUGCAUGGUGAAUGUGGUGGAAAUGUUCAAAUCAUUGCUAAUGUUUUCCAAAAUGCUGAAUAUAUGUAUGUCCUUUCAGGCGGAGGAAAGGGUUCAGAUGGUCAAGAUGGCGGUUCGGGUGCAGAUGGCAUUAGCGGUGAAGAUGGGAAAGGGAUUUCCGAAGAAGAUUUUAAUAAAAGAUUUCCUGAUCUUGCACAUUUUACUGGAUCUACAUUUGGCAAUAACUUUAGAGCUUUUAAAAAAAACAAUACGUUCACUACAAAGUCAGACGAAUUCGCAACAGGCUGUUUUGAUACAACGGAAAUGUCGCCUAAGGCUGGGGAAUAUUAUUUUAACGGAGUGACUGACGAUAACUAUGCAGUAGAAUAUGGAUGCUGGUCAAAUAACGCAUUACUAGGUGUCACAUCGAUAGUUGGAUAUCCAAAUAGAGUAUCAUACUGUGUUUGCUCCGGACAGCCAGGAUCAUCUGGUACUCCGGGAGGCAACGGCGGGAAGGGAGGUAAAGGAGGGAAAGGAGGGUUUGAAGGAAGUGUCGACAUCAGAAAUUGGAAAGGAAAACAAGUAUAUACAAUUAAAAUCUCUUGUCACCCAGGUCAGUGUGGAUCUGACGGAAGAGACGGGAAAGGAGGAAUCGGUGGAAAGAAUGGCAAAAAGGGUAACGACAGGGCACAUGUUUGCCCAAGUCAAGCAAGAUCAACGAGAGUUUAUGCAGGAUAUCUUUCUAUUGUUGCAUAUGAAACAUCAACAUGUGAUAUGUCAUAUUGUCCAAAACGAAAGAGAUAUAUAGAUAUCAAAAGAAAAGCAUCUGAAUAUCCUACACCUCAGAGAUGUAAAAACGGAAAAAAGGGACAAAAUGAUAAGCGGGUUAACAACCGAAUGACAGAAACAUCAAGGACAAAAAAAGCUCCAAUUGUGUUUAAAACGAUAAAAGAAAGAUUCCAGAAUAUAUUCAAUUCGAAGGAUGGUAAUGCAAGAUUUCAUGACAAUUUUGAGGCAAAUACAACAAUAAUGGAAGACUUUACUUCAUUUACCUCUUCCCAACACAUUAGAAAGGUGAUUAAAGAUACCAGAGAACAUGACUAUAAGAAUGAAAUUCAAAGCAAACAACUUGCACCUUUAUACAUUGCUAAAAAGAAUUCACAUUUCAACGACUCACAGAAGGCAACAUUCGAAAAAAAUCAUCAUUUAGAGAAGUUUUUAAUACAGAAAGUUGAAACAGCCAUAUCAGCAGUAUUGGCAGCAGUGAAUAAAGAUUCUAAAGAGGCAUUUCCAGAUGAAGAACUUUGUACAAUUUUUGCAAUUUUAGAUCAAAUGUCAAUUCCUAAUAGUUUUGAUGAAAAACAUUAUGAAUAUUUUCUAGACUUAAUAUUUCUGAUCAAAAACAAAUGUAUGAAACCUUUCUGUGAAGAAAAUUGGACAAAUCUACAUGUUAACUAUUGGGAGGAUAGAAUAAUGAUAAACUUUAAGUUCUAUUUAUUAGAGAAAGUUGAUAGAAUGGUCAGACUUAACACAAAAGAAAAAGAAAUGGAAAUAGACCCGAAUGAUCGUUAUUCUAAAACAAUAAUGAAAGAUCUACUGAUUGGAAUGAAACCAUUAUUUAAACACUUAAUUUUGAGUGUUUUUAAAUCAGAUGAUGUGUCACAUCUGAAAACCAUGGAGCAGAGUGUAGAAAACCAAUUGAAGGAUCUUAUGCAGGAGAUAACGGAUUAUCGGAGAACCGUUUCUUUGUUUGAAGGAAGUGCCACAAUGUGUGUUGCUAAAGACGUGGAGGCUUUCAGCGAACCAGUCAACGCGGAAUCAGAUUCCGGCAGUGAAAUGAAUAUUGAAGGUAAACUUGACUCCGAUAUUAAAAUUGUAGAAGAGUCCAAAACUGACGCGACAGUUUCAAACGAGUCUGAUCCGGAAACUAGUUUUAUAGCAUCAGGAAAUUGUAAAGCGUUCAAUGAGGUACACAUAGAGAAGGACAAUGGGAAUGAAAGUGAAAGUGAGAGUGACAUAACUGCUUUGUUAGAAUGGGCAAAAUCAAACAGUACAAACAAAGUCGACGUUUGUUGCAUAAUAGAGAAGUUACAUUAUAUACAAUCAGAAUAUAUGUCCCUAACUCUUAAAUGUUUAAGAUAUCGUCUGAUUAAUCAGUGCUGUCAAAUUUCAGAAGAAUUUCUAUUAUGGCUUUUAAUGAGCCUAUUCGAGAACGGGGAGUGCAUCGAAAACGGACAAUACCUACGAAUGAUAGCCACAACUAAACCAGAGAACUGGAUUUUCGAAUGGUUAAUUCAAGAAAUGCUGAUUCGGUCUGAUCUCGAGGAUGAAUCGAUAUGUAGAGAUGUACUUAGCAAGGUACAUGGGGACAAUGUAUAUUUUUUUCUCUGUAGAUAUCUAUCGCAACUUGGUGAAGGAGAACUAAUGACAAACCAUACGAUUGAAGUCAUGGUGGAAUCUCUAGAAACAUUGAACCCAGAAGUUGAUGAAAGUUUGCUAGCAGUAUUGGAAAAGACAAACAUAUUUGAAUGGUCAUAUCAAAUUAAAUGGAAUGAAAAUAUAAAUUCUCUUCAGUCUCUUCCAUUUUCCUGGCAGGAUGAAUCAAAGCUGUUAGAUGCUGCGUAUUACAGUAGCCAAAUCAUCAACAGAAAUGGACAGAAAUUUGUAAAUGAGGUUUACCAUUGUGUCAAGACUUAUCCUGUUGAACAAAAUAUAUUUCUGUCUGCUCUGAAAAGGCUUUAUACUGGCAGUUUGAGUAUAAAUAUAGAGGACUUGUACACGGUCGAAUCUUCAGAAGAAGCAAGUAGAAUUUUUGGAGAUAACUUUAUCCACCAUGGUAUUAGAACGAGAGAGUGUAUCUUGUCAAUCAUGAAAGCUGAUUCAAAUACAACCUUAACGGAGGAUCAAGUACGACAAAUAGAAUCAAUCUUAGCUCAAAUAAAUAGUGGAAGUUCUAAGCCAUCAACUGUGCUUACCAAUACUACUGAAGAGGAUGAAGACAAAAAUGAAUAUGCAACUCGAAAUAUAUUAUCUUUUACACAGAAUGAUAUAAUAGUUUGGUCGCAAGUAUGUAAGCGGAAGUUAAAGUCACGUAGAUUGCGAUUCUCCGAAAUUUUCACAGAAACAGUGGCUGUAAUAGAAAGAGCAAUAACAUUGAAAAGAGGUUAUGGCCUCCGCAACACACAAAAAAUUUCUAUAAUUUCUUUUCUCUUUGAUUUAGAUGCUUCUCACAAAGGAAUUCUACAACAAAUGUCAACGGGAGAAGGCAAAACAAUUGUAAUAGUUGUUCUGUCCAUACUAAAGGUAUUACAAGGUGAAAAGGUCGAUAUUAUUACAAGCUCUUCUGUACUUGCAAAGCGGGACUCCGAGAUAAAUAAAGACAUUUUUGCCUUAUUUGAGAUUUCUGUGUCGAACAAUUGCAGUGAGGAUAAACAUGACCGACAAGACGCAUAUUUGUCAUUCGUAGUAUAUGGCGAGAUAGGCACAUUUCAGCGUGAUAUUCUGUUGACAGAAUUUUACGACGAGAACAUAAUAGGAGGACGAGAUCGAGAGAACGUUAUUGUAGAUGAGGUAGACAGUAUGUUACUUGAUAGAGGCGAGACAGUUUUGUAUUUGUCACACGAGAUUGCUGGAAUUGAUGCCAUUGAGUUCGUGUACACGUACAUUUGGUCACUGGUUAAUUCGAAAGAGAUGAUUGGAACAGAUGACGAUCGUAAAAGUGUACGUCAAUGUAUGCUUGAUGCAAUGUAUGGUAUGAUAUCUAUGAUAGAUAUAAGUAAAUGUUUUCCGCCAGAAAAUACAAUACAUGUCCAUGAAAUAUGGAACAAGUUGAAAAAAGAAAAUAUAAUUGACAGUGAAGGGCGGUUGCUUACACGGAGCUUCGCACGUUUUAAUCAACUUGGAAAUAAUGGUAUAACUAAUGAUGGCGUCACAGCAGGGUAUGUCAUCAGCAUGCUGAAGGAUACGGUCAGGAAGGGAAUUUUGGUUGAGAUUCCGAAAUUUUUAGAAUCUUUCAUUAAUAGACAUAUGGAUGCUUGGAUAAGAAAUGCAUUUAAUGCUAAGUAUAUGGAAGAAGGCAAACACUUCAUUAUUGAUAUAGAUCGAACAGAAAAUGACAGAGGAAAAGAUGUGAACAUUGUUAUAAUGGAUAUUGACACUGGGACUGAACAGUACCACAUGCAAUGGAAUUCUGGUCUGCACCAAUUUUUACAACUAAAAUAUAAAUGUGCUAUUUCUUCAGAAAGUUUAAAGGCUGUGUUUAUGUCAAACAUUUCCUUCUUUCGCCUGUAUAAUAACUUGUUUGGUUUAACAGGAACACUUGGAUCACAGAAAGAAAGGGACUUGCUAAAAGACAUGUACAAUGUCAGCUACAUUACAAUUCCGACAUUUCAAGAACCAAAGUUUGUUGAACAUGACACCUAUUUAUGCGAGUCGACAGAUAAAUGGGUGAAAUUGAUAACAGAGACAUCUGUUUCUCUGUCGAAAUCUAGACCAGUAUUAGUCAUUGGUGAGACCAUACACUCCUGUGAUGAAAUAGAAAAAGAAUUUAAGAAAAAUAGAGUUAAUGCUCAUGUAUAUAAGAACAGUUAUCGCGAAUUGUCUAUUCUGAAAAAUGAAACAGAACUCGAAAGUGGCUGUAUCAUACUAGCUACAAACCUAGCCGGACGUGGAACUGAUAUAAGAAUUAGUGAAGAUAUCAGUGUUCUUGGAGGACUCCAUGUCAUUUUGACAUAUUUGCCAUCAAAUCUCCGCAUAGAAGAACAAGCAUUCGGAAGAGCUGCAAGAAAGGGCCAACACGGAUCAGGUCAGUUGAUAAUUUGUGAAUGUAUGGAAGAACAACACAAAACCAACGAAAUCCUUACCAUUUCACGGAUGAAAAUACAACGUGACACAUCAGAAAAUGAAAGAAUAUCCAAAAUACAACAGAGGUAUGAAACUUUUAUUCGUGCUGAAGAAAGACUAUUCAGGAAAUUUCAAACGUUCUUCGACAAGCUCAAACAGACGCUUAUCACGAAACAGACAGAGCCGGAAUUUCAAAAAGUAACAUUGCAAGCACUACUUGAUCGCUGGGCGUUUUGGUUAGACUCUGUCGAAACUUCCUUGGAAAUUUCAGGAAAUUUUUCAUCAAUAAAGGACAGUCUCGGUGAGUUUCUACAGGAAAUAGAUGUGUCAUGGGUCAAUCAUGAUUCAAGUAAAAUGACAAUGAUGCUACAUAGUCCUUCGCAAUUGGUUAAGGCAGGGAAAGCAAAAACGUCAUCGCAAGAAUAUAACAACGCACAGACUUUCUUUGAUAAAGUUAUAGACUGUGACCCAUCGUUUUCAGAAUCUGCACUUUACUACAAAGUUCACUGCCUAUUAAAAAGAGGUGAUUUUACAGGUGAUGAUGUCAAAAUCGUCCGAAAUAUAUUUGGAAUUUGUAAAUAUUUGAUUGAACAACGUAUAGAAAAACCAAGAAACGCAGUGCAAAUAGUAAACGUCAUCAGCUCACAGUACACCAACAAAAGAGAGAUAUUUACGGUAUCGGAUGGAUAUGUCCAACAGAAGGAAAAUGCUAUACAGAUAUAUUACAAAAUAAUAGACUCAAUCGAUUCUAUGAAUGGAUAUGCCAUAGAACCUACUAUGUUUGUAGAUGCCACGUGUGGUCAUCUGAACGCUCAUAUGAUUUUCAGAGAUUUAGACACAAUGGGAAUUCUGUCUCCCCAUAAAGUUCGGGUAUUUCCCCCCGAAAAAAACACAUGGCAAUUUGUUACAGAGAGCUACGAGUUGUACUCCAAAGAAAUAUAUUCAAAGCUUAAUCAGCUUAAAGACAGAAACCGUGUAACAGCUGACGACUUUCAAGAUAUUCUUCCAAGUAGGGAGGAACUGUGGAUAUUCCUGAUAGAUCAGGGUGUACUGAAGGACACAAAAGAUUAUAUUUUAUUGCAUGAUAGAGACUUCCAAAGAUCUCGUCACAUAAUACCUAUGCAAAUCAUAGAUAUAUUGAAAUCGUUUGAAUGCAAAAGUGUCGAUUCUGAUAUUGAUAUUAAGAAACACAUUUUCUUGUACUCAGAUCAAAAAGACAAAAUCCUCGCUGGUGCAGCAAGUCUCAUUCGUAUUGACACAUUUAAAGAUAAUUUAGGAUUUGGUCAAAUCUUUGAGGUGUUGAAAAGAGAAAAGGUAGUAUCUACUUGUUCAUUUGCACUUUUAGCACCAGAAUCAGAGGGAAAAAUGUUGCAUAGUAGAUUACCAAAGUUUGAUCAUGUUGGAUGUAACACAUUUGUAGUAAUGGGUGUAACCAGUAAUACUUCGAAGUAUAUAUUCGAUCAAUUGGUAGCAAAUGAGGUUCUUUCUAUUGACGGACGAUUACUAACACUGGAAUUGGGAAGCAUUUGGCUGUCUUCAUUUAGCAAUUACACAACUGAAGUUCGAAACAUAGUGGCAAAAUACUCAAAAUACCGUAUAUGUACAUUUCAUCUUUUGAAGGAAUUAGAAUUACCAAUAGAUCUUUUUUCUCGACCACAUGAUAUACUAUUCGAAGACUUACUUGAAGCUGGCGUAGUAACACCGUUUAAGGUGAAGGGAAACAUUUCAGAGAAGGAAAUGACAAAACAAUUAAAGUUUUUAUAUGGUCACGAGUGUGACAAGAAAAAGUCUGAACUAAUCGAUAUAGUAAGUUCCAGAAUUGAAAGUGGAAAAUGUCGUAACUUUACACGAUCAGAAACGAAGGUUUUAUAUGACGAAGGAAUAUAUUUAGAUGAAGGUAUUAAACUCAGACAGUAUUUUGAAUGCUUUUUUAGUGAGCUACCAAAAAUAUUAAGUUCCGAGAUUUAUGACCUGUGCCAUGGAGAAUUUUUUACUGCAUCUGAAAUAGAAAGAGACUUGAUUGAUAAAAUGAUCUGCGUUAGAAGUGACUCCAAAGAUUUGAAAUACCUAACAGUUGUUAUUAAAAACGACUCGCUAAAGAAAAAAUCACUCAAGCAUGAAUUAAGAGGCGUUGAGAAUGAAAUUAAAUGCUUCAUAUCGAGUCGACUUCAAAAUUAUCAAAAUACAUCCGGUUUUGUAGCGAAGCUUGAAAGUUGGAGAGAGGGUCUGGCUAAAUUUGAUAAUGUUGACACUGAACUCCGGUCGUUAGCAGAUAGUUGCACAGAGGAGCAACUCAUAGGUCUUUAUGAUGAGAUUUUAUCAUUGACAAACAACGGUUUUGGUGAUCUUCUUGUCAUAAAGGAACGAAAGUGGACAUUCAAAUCAGUUUUCAAGAUGUUCUGUAUCCUAGCAAUAGGACUGAUUUAA